AUGAAGAAAGACGAAAUGGAAGAGAGAAAAGAAGGUAAUAUGCAGUAUGUACCAAUCGUUGACGGUGGCUGGGGAUGGGUCGUUGUUGUUGGCUCAUUUUUCAUUCAUGUUUUUGCCGAUGGUAUUGUUUAUUCAUUUGGCAUUCUCCUCGAAAUUAUCAUGAAGGAAUUUGAUGUGAGUAAUGCUAAGGCAUCGAUGAUAAUUUCAUUAUUAACAGGUUUAACCCUUGGAAUGGGACCUAUAGCCAGUGCAAUAACAAAUAAAUUUGGAUGUCGGGUGACAACAAUUCUGGGAUCAUUGAUCGCAACCACAGGUUGUGCUACAUCCUAUUAUGCAACUUCAGUGGAAUAUCUGAUGGUUUCGGUAGGUUGUGUGAUGGGCAUCGGUUUUGGUUUAAUGUACUGUCCGGCUAUUGUCAUUGUUAGUAUGUAUUUCGAAAAGAAAAGAUCUAUGGCUACCGGUAUAGCAGUAUGUGGUGCUGGUGUUGGUACAGUCGUAUUUGCACCAAUCAGUGAAGCACUCAUUAAGAUUUCCUGGAGAACUGUUUUCGCUGUUUAUACGGUAAUUGUAUUAAUGUGUUCUUUAUGUGGUGCCACUUUUCGAUCGUUAACAUUUGUUGCUGUAGAAGAUGAAACAAAAAAGAAAAAAGUACUCGAAGAAGAUGAAAAGAAUGGAUUCGUUGAAAUGGUGCAUCAGCACUUCACUUUCAUCGAUGAAGAAAAUGGUCCUCUAUCAACCACUUUGCUUGCAUCACAUAAUCAACAAGAUAUUAAUGAUGUCGAAGAGAAGAAUGGAAAAUGGGAACGAUCGAAAUCGUUAGCCAGCAACAUUUCACAUGGAAGAAGUCGAAGAUUUUCAGAAUCUACAGGAUUUAUUGCUGUUAAAGAUGUGUUUUAUACGGGUUCAAUGAAUGAAUUACCACAGACUGAAUGUCAUCGAUCUCUUACAUCGCUCAAUAUAAAGGAUGAUAAGUUGAAUUUGAAAGAAGAGGAAAAAAUUAGCAAAACAAGAGGAAUUUUGAGAACAAUGGAGAAAAUGACAAAUAUCUCAUUACUUGCUAAUCCAAUAUUCCUACUUUAUGCAAUUUCAAAUCUGCUAACAAGCAUCGCAUUUAAUUCACCACUUGUUUUCUUGCCUUCACAUGCAACCAAUCUUCGUCUAACUCCUACACAAUCUGCAAGUGUUAUUAGUGCAUUCGGUAUUAUGAAUACAGUUGGACGAAUUUUGGUUGGAUUAAUAUCAGAUCGUAAAUUGCCAUGCAAAUAUGGGAAAGAUAGAGCACAAAAUAGGCUAUGGAUCUAUGUAUCAUCAUUGACUUUAUGUGGUUUGUUAACAACCGGCGUACUUUUUUGCGAUGGUUAUAUAACUUUAGCUAUGUACUCCGGUUUAUUUGGAUUAACGUUAUCGUCCUACGUAUGCCUUACGUCAGUAUUGCUUGUCGAUUUAAUUGGUAUUGAGAAAUUGACGAAUGCGUUUGGCUUAAUUUUACUUUUCCAAGGUAUUGGUACUGUUAUAGGACCUCCUAUAUCUGGACAAUUAGCUGACUUAACUGGUUCCUACAAUAUGUCAUUUGUGUUCUGUGGUGUAGCACUGCUGAUAUCAGGUUUGAUGUUAGUAUUUGUGCCGCAAAUCCAACGAAAGCAAACGGUAGCUGUUGCUUAA